CGAGAUUCUAAAAUCACGAUUCGACACACGAUUCGACAACGAUACCGGCCUUGUCGCGUCGAAAGUCAACAAUACAAUAACAAUAGUUUUGCUUUGCAUUUUUGAACAGAUAUAAAUAAGGAAUAUUCAUUUUUGAGAGAUAAAUACAUUGCAGAGUACUUGUUUAUUGAAAUGCCUGGUCAAAUUUGUGCUGUCGCUUCCUGUAGUAGCAACAGGAUCAAUCUGAAAAAAGAAGGUAUUCAGCUAAUAUUUCAUUCAUUUCCUAAGGUAACUGAUGAUGAAGGUAGAAAAGAAUGGGUAAAACGUUGCAAUCGAGAUAAAUUGAACCCCAAUACAUCUACUAUAUGUUCCUUACAUUUCCAACCAAGUGAUUAUGAAAGAGACCUACAGAGUGAACUUCUAGGUUUACCUUCACGCAAGGUUUUAAAAAAAACUGCAGUUCCCACUUUAUACCUGGAUUUUGCUGAAAACUCAUACUUUACCAGAAAAAAAAGAAAAAUUGCGAGAAAGAAAAAAGAGCCUCCUAUAGCGGAAUUUGUACUUGAAAAUCCAAGCAAUCAAGAUGAACAUUUUUACAUAGUGACAAAAUCAGCCGAUUUAACAGAUACAUCAACCACCACAGAUACCAAACAAAAUUUCAAAAAAAUAAAUGUAGACAGUUCAAAUAUUAUAAAUCCAUUAAAAAAAUAAAUAAAAACUGGCGCAA